AUGAAGAACAGGAGCGGCUUCAAUCUAUUGCUCAAGGGGCUGUUAUUCAUCGGAGUUCUUUCCUUCUGCACCACAGUAUGUAAGGGAAGUGAGUCAUCGGAAUUUGAUUCAUUGCUGAGGUUCGUUAAAGCUGUUGAUCCUGAAAAUGUAUUAAAGGUUGGUUGCAAUCUGCAAUAUUCCUGCAAGCAUAAGCUGAAGGGUGUGGAAUGCAACCUCGAGGGCAAUAGCAUUACAGAAAUAAGGCUUGAAAAUUUGCGUCUUAGUGGCACACUUGAUGUGGAUUCACUAUGCAAGCUCCCGAAUCUACGAGUUGUUAGCUUAGCCAGAAAUCACAUCCGAGGAACUAUUUCAUACUCAAUAGUGUACUGCAGAAGACUAACCUAUUUGGAUUUAAGCAACAAUCUUCUGAGUGGGAUGGUACCUCCGGUUCUAAAUAAACUGAAGUAUCAAAGAAGAUUGUACAUCUCCAACAACUAUUUUACCAGGGACAUCCCAAUUUCGAGAGAGGAACAUAUGUUUCAUCCACAUUUAAAGAAAUUAAGGACAUCUCAGAGAUAUGGUGACAUGAAAAAAGAAAAGGCAGAGCAUCCGAUGAGGAUAAUGACAGAGUCCGGGAGCCCUAUUUCUCCUCCUGCACCAAAUGAUGAACACAAGCAGUACACAGGAUGGAAGACAGUGUUACCAUUAUUUUGUGGGAUAGGACUAUUUCUAGUGUUCAUAUUCUUUGCGGGAAGGAGAGCUGCUAAGUUAGCUACUCAAAUGGAGAUUCUGAAGUCACUUCGAGAGUACUCUACUCCGAAUUCCCCUCCAGUUUAUAAGGUCAGAGAGGAAGAGAAGCCAGUAGAGAAUCGAUCAGAGCUCGUGUUCUUUGUUGAAGAGCAGGAAAGUUUUAAGUUGGAGGACCUGCUUGAAGCGACAGCUGACUUGAGAAACCAGAGCUUUUGCAGCAGUCUUUAUAAGGUAAUACUGAAAAACAAUGCAUUGUAUGCAGUCAAAAGGCUGAAGAAGUUGCAAGUACCAUUUGAGGAGUUUAGCCAUGCAAUGAAUCAAAUAGGGAAGAUAAAGCAUCCCAACAUCCUGCCUCUAAUUGGUUACAAUUCUACCAAUGAUGAAAAGUUGUUGAUAUACAAGUAUCAAAGCAAUGGGAGUCUCCUGAAUCUGCUUGAGGAAUGCUCUGAAGGAAAGAGGGAUUUCCCAUGGAGGUUGCGGCUGUCUAUAGCACGCGGUAUUGCAAAGGGCUUAAAUUUUAUAUACCAGAGGACUGAUGAGUGCACCCCUCAUGGGAAUCUAAAGCUUUCAAACAUCCUACUUGAUGAAAAGGAUGAACCACUGAUCAGUGAGUAUGGUUUUUCAAAGUUCUUUGACCCCUUGAAAGGAUGUGUCAUCCUCGCCAUAGGUUAUACAGCCCCAGAGAAAGAGUUGUCAGAGAAAAGCGAUGUCUAUAGCUUUGGGGUGAUUCUUCUUGAGUUACUAACGGGUAAAACUGUAGAAAAAAAUGGAAUAGACCUUCCUAAAUGGGUUACUGCCACAGUUAAGGAGGAGUGGACUGGUGAAGUCUUUGACAAGGAGGUUGCUAAAGCUGCUAAGGAGUGGGCAUUUCCUUUGCUCAACAUUUCUCUCAAGUGUGUAUCAGCAUUGCCACAAAAUCGGCCAACUGUAGCAGAAAUUUAUAAGAAGAUUGAAGAGGUUAUGCAGGAUAAUUUGAAUACAUCAGAUUGUACUGCUGAGUGUGGAACCUAUGAAGACGACUGUUGUAUGCUUCACUCCAUCAUACCUGAGACUUGGGAUACUCCUGGAUCAAAUUACUAGUUGUUGCCUUGUUGGAGGUUUUCGUUUAUGCUUGCAUAUUUUCGGUUUCUUUUAGACUGAAUUGUAGAUGAUCAUAGAGCCUUUUUCUCUAUAUUCACCAGUAAACAAGCGAGCCGGUUGAGUAUGAAUAAUCAAUUUGUUUUCCUAUGCAAGU